AUUCGGCUGCUUUAAGUAUCAGAUUUGAACUGCUGACUUUUGAAGAACACUUCACUCCGUGUUAAAUGUGUACGUCUGUGAUUGUGUUUAGGUUGACACACCUGGAGAGGUUUCACGAUGCCAGGAAGACUCUGGAGUAAGGCCAUCUUCGCGGGCUACAAGCGGGGUCUGAGGAACCAGCGAGAGCACACAGCCCUGCUGAAGGUGGAGGGCGUUUACACCCGGGAGGAGACAGAUUUCUACCUGGGCAAACGCUGUGCUUAUGUCUACAAGGCCAAGAAGAACACAGUGACCCCUGGCGGUAAGCCAAACAAGACGCGGGUCAUCUGGGGAAAGGUCACCCGUGCCCAUGGCAACAGUGGAAUGGUCCGCGCCAAAUUCAGCAGCAAUCUUCCAGCCAAGGCCAUCGGACACAGAAUCAGAGUGAUGCUGUACCCGUCCCGAGUCUGAGCUGCUGUUGUGUAAAUAACCAAUAAACACGUCAGGUCCAACAGAU